AUGGCCAAGAUGCUGCUGCGGAUGAAAGCAAUGAUGCUUCUCACCGGAUUAUUCUUUUUGAUAUACUUUGGACUGCAGCCUCUUACGGAAUUGGUUGAAGAUGAAUCCCCAGUUGCGGCACCCGAGGAAUUUGUCUUUGUCAAUACCUCCGAAUGUCAUAUAACUGGACUGCAAAGAUCAGCGGCUUUUACCUGUGCUAUCGAGCCGAUAAACAAGUUGCGAUGCCGCAGAAAACAGUUGAUAACAGCGAUAACUAAAGGUGGCAGCAAUUUUCUGGUGGCAACAAAGAUUCAAGAGGACUUGCACUGCAAAUAUUGGCUAAAGUCUGCAGGCGAUUUUUACUCCAAAAAGUACUCAAAGGAUGGACAUUUCGACCUGAAAAUUGGGGCGAGCGAAGAAAUUAAAAUUGGCACUGGUCAGCAGAUAGUUCGCAUCGAGUGCUCGAACAAGUUGAAUGAAACCCAAUAUCACGAUGUGCAUUACUUUUUGCCGCCCCCUGAUCCCGAUUCAAAAUCAAGACGAGGUCCUGAAAAACUAUCUGUUAUGGUGCUGGGUAUUGACUCAAUGGCCUAUAUGCACUUUUUCCGAAACUUUCCCUACGUCAAGGGCUUCCUGGAAAAUCUUCCGCACACCAAAUUCUUGGGCUACAGUCGAGUGGGGCUGGAUGCAUAUGCCAAUUUGAUGCCACUUCUGAGGGGCUUCAGUGCUGGCGAAGAGGAUCCAGAUUUUCUGCUGAACAAGGAAGCUUGGCUCUGGCAGAGCUUUAAGACUGGAGGCUACGGCACUGCCUAUGGCGAGGAUAACGCACUAGGAAUUCUUUCCCAUAAGAACGGAGAGUGGAGAAAACCCAGACAACCCAUUGAUUUCGAUUUGACUCCUGUGAUGACCGAGAUGGAUAAUCACACGCGCUACAGCAUCGACCUGAAGGAGAUGAUCCACUGCUCGGCAGGACGAAAGUAUCAAGAGAUACUCGGGGACUUUAUCCUCAAAUUAGUACCACAUAUGCAGAAAAGACCCUUUUUCUCAUUCUUCUGGCAGUCGCAGGGUGUCCAGGAAUACUAUGAAUAUGCCCGCAGCUUGGACCUGCCCUACAUGAUGCUCCUGAAGAAGUUGCUGGACGCCAAUAUCCUCAACAACACACUAGUAUUGCUGAUGUCCGAUCAUGGCUUGAGGGCCGGAACCUAUCGCAUGAGCUUUCAGGGCAUGCGGGAGGAAUCACAGCCCCUAAUGGUGGCCAUAUACCCCGAAUGGCUGAAGAAGAAAUACCCCCUGGCCAUGGAUAAUUUCGAGAAGAACGCCCAAAGCCUGAUCACACCCUACGAUCUGCACGACACCUUGAUGGAAGUGAUGAAUCUGGAUCUACUGCAGGAUGCCAGGAUCGCGACCCGCAUGAGUAGCCUGCUGUCGUAUUCCGCCAAGAAGAUGCCCUGGGGCAUUAGCCUCUUCCUCCCGAUUCCAGACCGCAGGACCUGCGACCUGGCCCACAUACCAUCGCUCUUUUGCUUCUGCCGCGAUCUCACCGAAGUUCCCACGGACGACGGACUGGUCCUGCGAUGCAGCCGCUUCAUGGUGGAGUCCAUCAACAAGUUGAUCAAGCCAUUCGAACAGUGCCGCCAGCUCAAGCUCCACAUGGUUCUCCUGGCUCACUUCCUGGACUUCGGCGAGGAGUCCUUCGUCUACGAACUGAGGCUGAGGGUGCGAACAACCCCCGGGAAUGGAAUCUUCGAGGCCACCGUUCGUCUGUCGGACGUCCUACUCCUGACCAGCCCCAUCAGUCGCGUCAACCACUAUCUGGCCCAGUCUCACUGCGUCAGCGAUCCGGACCUCAAACUAUUUUGCUCCUGCGUUUAA